AUAAUUCACACUGACAUGUACGUAAAUAGCAUUGGCCCUGUGAAUGCUAUCAAUAUGGAAUAUACAAUUGAUAUAUUUUUCGCCCAAACGUGGUAUGACAGACGUCUGAAGUUCAACAGCACCAUAAAAGUGCUCAGAUUAAACAGCAACAUGGUUGGGAAGAUCUGGAUACCAGACACAUUUUUCCGAAAUUCCAAGAAGGCUGAUGCUCACUGGAUAACAACUCCUAACAGGAUGCUCAGGAUCUGGAAUGAUGGCAGAGUCCUUUACACUUUGAGGCUGACAAUUGAUGCUGAGUGUCAGCUACAGUUACACAACUUCCCAAUGGAUGUCCAUUCCUGCCCACUGGAAUUUUCAAGCUAUGGUUACCCCCGAGAAGAGAUCAUUUACCAGUGGAAGCGCAGCUCGGUGGAGGUGGGGGACACCCGCUCCUGGAGGCUUUACCAGUUCGCCUUCACAGGACUAAGAAACACAACUGAGGUGGUGAAGACUACUUCAGGAGACUAUGUAGUCAUGUCUGUGUUCUUUAACCUGAGCAGGAGAAUGGGUUAUUUCACUAUUCAGACCUAUAUUCCCUGCACACUUAUUGUUGUCUUGUCCUGGGUCUCUUUCUGGAUUAAUAAGGAUGCAGUUCCAGCCAGAACAUCACUGGGAAUUACAACUGUCCUGACAAUGACCACCCUAAGUACAAUUGCUCGUAAAUCUCUUCCCAAGGUCUCCUAUGUGACAGCCAUGGAUCUUUUUGUGUCAGUCUGCUUUAUUUUUGUGUUCUCUGCACUGGUGGAAUAUGGAACUUUGCAUUACUUUGUCAGCAACAGAAAGCCAAGCAAGGAUAAAGACAAAAAGAAGAAAAACCCACUUCUUCGGAUGUUUUCCUUCAAGGCACCUACUAUUGACAUCCGCCCCCGAUCAGCAACAAUUCAAAUGAACAAUGCUACACACCUCCAAGAAAGGGAUGAGGAGUAUGGCUAUGAGUGUCUCGAUGGCAAGGACUGUGCCAGUUUUUUUUGCUGCUUUGAGGAUUGUCGGACGGGCGCGUGGAGGCACGGCAGAAUACACAUCCGCAUUGCCAAAAUGGACUCCUACGCCCGCAUCUUCUUCCCAACUGCCUUCUGCUUGUUCAACCUGGUCUACUGGGUAUCAUAUCUGUACCUUUAA